CACCAUCAUAAUAUUACCCCCUCCGAACACAACACACAGCCAACAUGGCUCAAGUAAUCUCAAAUUCCGGUCACGAUGACAUGAUUCACGAUGCGGUCCUCGACUACUACGGCCGUCGCCUGGCGACAUGCUCAUCUGACAAGACAAUCAAAAUCUUCGAGGUUGAGGGUGACUCACACCGUCUGGUAGACACUCUCAAGGGACAUGACGGGGCUGUGUGGUGUGUAUCAUGGGCACAUCCCAAGUACGGCACCAUCCUCGCUUCUUCAUCCUACGACGGCAAGGUCUUCGUCUGGCGCGAGCAGAACGGCCAAUGGCAACGCAUCUACGACUUUACACUCCACACCGCUAGCGUCAACCUGAUCGCUUGGUCACCGCCAGAACCCGGCUGCCAUCUGGCUUGCGCCUCGUCUGACGGCUCCGUCUCCGUCAUCACCUUCAGCGACAACUCUUUCUCCCAUUCCAUCUUUCCCGCGCACGCCAUGGGCGUCAACGCCGUCUCGUGGAGUCCGUCGCUUCUACCCUCACAGCUUGCUGCUGCCCACACCCCUCAGUCACAACCACAACCUUUGAGACGCUUCGUCACUGGUGGCAGCGACAACUUGGUCAAGCUCUGGGACUUCAACCCCCAGACCCAAUCAUACGACAACCUCUGCACUCUCGCCGGUCACUUGGACUGGGUCCGCGACGUCGCAUGGUCCCCUACGCCGCUCUCAAAAUCGUACAUUGCCUCAGCUUCGCAAGACAGGACUGUGCGCAUCUGGACAUGUCAGGCAAACGCCGAUGCUGCAAAUCCAUCGAGCUGGCAAAGCACAGAGCUCAAGUUCGACGCCGUCGUCUGGCGUGUCAGUUGGAGUCUGAGCGGAAACGUCUUGGCUGUCAGUGGUGGUGACAACAGAGUCAGUCUUUGGAAGGAGAGCCUGAAGGGUGGAUGGGACUGCGUCAAGACCAUUGAGGAAUAGGUUGCUAUGGUGUAUUUAAAACAUCAAACUAGUCAACCAUGCUUGGCCGCUUGUUCAGAACUACAGCGCCAGUGUCCCACCUUCCCCAACAUUACCUGCGAGACAGACCCGGUAUAUUCAUUCCUAGACCGCUAAUAGAUCAGAAUGGUAUGAUUCUAGGUAUGCAGAUUUUUGCUUGGCCUCUGGGUCAGACUUCGGUGGUUCAAUUCACGAAACCGUCGGAAGAUCAGACUCGUCAGUGAAAUUCGUAAAAGUCGUACUGUAG